GCUGGACCCACCAGAAUGUAACUUCCUUCCUGUGCUGAUCCAACAGGGGUCACGUGUUUAUAAAUGGCGGGUGGGAGCUUUUAUCGUGGAGCAGCUUCCAGUCAGGACUCUUCAUCCUUAUCCUCGUCCUCCUCGUCAUUAUGAUCGCCUUCCUCACGUGCGCACUUUUCCUCUGCGGGCUGCAGAAAAGCGCGCACUGCCAGAACGGACUUUGUUCCGGUAGCCGGUGUUUCGCGCUCUUUCAGAGCACUGCGAACUUCCACGCAGCGCAGGAAAGUUGCAGCAACGUCAGCGGGACUUUGCUGCCGCCGACAUCUGUGGACGAGGAGGUCGGGAGCGUCUUAAAGCGCGCCGCCAGUGGAACCUUUUGGCUGGGAGGGCAGAAAGCACCCCACUGCUCGUCGGUGUCCGUGACGCUCGGCGGGAAGUUGGAGUUCCAAAGUUCACCCUGCGUGACCCAGCUGAGCGGAUUCGUGUGCACCUACGCCGUGGAGGAGCCCUGCAAUGACGUCACGACGGAGGCGGGCGCCGCGGCGACGUACACGGCGCCAAUGGACAUCGCGCUGAACCACACUUUUCCGCAGGGAACCAUCGCCCUGGCGGGAAAAAGCGGCGCGCGCUACCCGGACUCCAAGCAUCUGUGCUUCGGCCGCACGUGGCUCCGCGCACCCUGGAACUGCGAGGUGCUGCGCGGCGGCUGCGAGCACGCUUGCAACGUCACUUCCGGUUCGUGCGCGUGUCCGCCGGGACAACAUCUGCUCGCCAACCUCAUCACCUGCGUGACGUCAAGGCAGAACGGCAGCUGCCCCGCCGGGUACGAGCCCGCCCGCGAAGGCGGCUGCGUGCACGCGGACGCGUGUGCGCUCCACGAGCCGUGCACGGGCGAGGGCGAGGAGUGCGUGAACACCCGCGACGGUUUCGAGUGCACGUGCACAGACGGCUGGGUGGAGGAGGACGGCGUGUGCGUGGACAUGCGCGUGUGUGAGAAGUGCGAGCACAUGAUGUGCGUCAAGUUCAAGGGCGUGUACGCGUGCGCGUGCCGUGAGGGCUACAGGGUGUCCACGCGCGACCCCGCCAGGUGCGACCUGCACUGUGAGCAGCAAGACUGUCUCGCCGAGUGCUUGCACAAGCACCAUUGCUUCUGUCCAGAGGGCUACAUCCAGGACAUGCGCCGCAACAACACUCCGUACUGCACCGACAUCAACGAGUGUGAGAUCCAGCAGCAGUGCGAGCACACCUGCACCAACAGUUUCGGCAGCUUCUGGUGCUCCUGCGACAAAGGCUACACCUUGUUUGACGGGUACAAGUGCGUGCACUCCGAUUUGGCCGUCACCCGCCAGAGUCCCACGCCUGCUGGCGCGCGGCCCGCCGCAAUUCCGCCCUAUGUGAAGACUGGAAGCGUUUUGGGCAUCACAGUGUUCGUGUUGCUGGCUUUGGGCUCCGUCUUCUGCCUGGUCAAGCACCUCAGCAAUCGCUGCGGAAGUCUGCAAGUUUCCUCCAUCAAGAGGCCGCGCGUGGACAUUUUCUACCUGCAGCAGGUGAGCACGGAGACCUAUAAGAAACUCUCGUGGGACAAAAGUGAGCUGCAAAGACUUUAGUGCGCAACGAGAGUGAGACACGUGACUUUCGCCGUGUGACACGUGACUUUCAGGCUUCAGACAAAGCGUGUCAGGUUGCUCUCCCUGCUGACAGAUUAUUAUUAUUAUUGUUAUUAAUAACAUUUUCGUAUUCACACAUAAAUUGUCCAAAAUCAAAACCAUUUCUCGACCAACUAACAUGUUAGCAUUUUAGCCAAUUUGAUACUCAAGUCGAUCUUCUUAUUUUCAAAGUCGUUAUUCUUAUUUUCAAAUUAUAAAAACUUGUUUGCUUCAUUUACUGUUUAUUUUAGUAUUUGCAGUGUUUUGUCUGUCUUUAAAAGCCUGCAAAGAAACUUUGUCAAUAUUGUAUAGUCCAACAAAAUACUGUACAAUUUCUAGCAGUGAAAUAUUUAUCAUUUAAGUCACGUGACCUGAGGGUAUUAUUAAUCAUAUUUAUAUUUUAAUGUGAUGUUUGCAUUUGAUAACUGUAAGAAAGACCAUGAAUGUAAAAUAUUCAAAGUAUUUGCUGCUACUUGCAUAAUUAUAUUUGUCAAUAAAAGUUACAUUAUUAUAUUUGUUAUUAAAUGUUGCUUUAUUAUAUUUGUCGUUAAAUGUUGCAUUAUUUUAUUUGUCAAAAAAAUGUUACAUUAUUAUAUUUGUCAUCAAAUGUUGCAUUAUUAUACUUUUCAAUGAAUGUUGCAUUAUUAUAUUUGUCAUUAAAUGUUGCAUUUUUAUAUUUGUCAUUAAAAGUUGCAUUAUAUUUGUCAUUAAAUGUUACAUUAUUAUAGUUGUCAUUAAAUGUUACAU